GUCAGUCCCUCACUUCCCUCUACAGUGAGAGGAAUACUGAGAGCUGCUGCUACUCCCAGUAGCAAUGGCAGUUUAAAUAAUAUAAUUUCCAUCCAUCGUGUGGUGGACUGCUUGGUGUUUAGGCAGGUGAGAUGUGAGCAGAGCGCACCAGUGUUCACUCUUUCCCCUUCCCAGACUGGUUCUCGUUUGACACAUUCAGCCGUGAGUGUUGACCGGGCUGGUUCCUUGAGCUGCCUUCGUGUCUGAGCAGGUUUGUGGUGCUGGGUGGCUGCGAGUGCAGGCUCCUAUAAAAGGCAGCCUUCUCCCUAAUUAAGCGAAAAGCAUACGCAAAUCUGGCGUGGAGGAGAGAAAGGGAAAUCGAGAGAGGUGAAGCUAUGGGUUCAAGGACUCACUGCAGCACGGUGAUGAGAGGAACCUGACAUGGUGAGCACUCCCUGGCUUGGUGGCACCAAUUGGCUCCAGCAGGGGAGCGUCAGCUUUGUUUGCAUUUCAGAGGCCGGCUGCCUUCCUCCGAGUGCCGUGGUGGGAUGACAUUGGCUGCAGAGCAAACAGCGUUCAGUGCGAUGGAAUGAACUGAAUCAACAGUUGCAAUUAGUUCCACGCUUCCUUAUUAACUUCCUCCAUGUGGAGCAGGCAGAGGUCAUCCACGUUUCCCAUUGAAACACAGUCCUUUGGGGUGCAGCCCAGCGGCUGUUGCACAACCACAGGCACGCUUCCGAGCAGCGUGCAGCACCAGCACAGUGUAAGCAAAGAAGUGGAAUAAAAAUGCUUCUGCCAGUCAGAGCUGCAGGGGAAGCGCGAUGGGUAAAAUCCAUUUAUCAGGGCUGGAUCCUGGCUAUGAAGCUGGGGUUAGCACUGCUUUCUUCAGAAUCGUAGCAUCGUUCAGGUUGGAAAAGAUCUCUAAGAUCAUCCAGUCCAACCACCACCACGCCCAAUGAACCGUAACUCACACUGCUGAAGGGAGGAUGCACCUUCCAAAAUUCUGAGGAGCAAGUCAAAUGAAAAAGAGUCAUCUGGGCUUAAAGCUGGUCCUGGCUGAAAGCUCCCACUCCGACACAGGCUCGCAGUGCACCGAGAGCCACGCAGACCUUCCGCCUCCCAUCGAGAGGACAGGUGGCAUCGGAGACUCCCGGCCUCCGUCGUUCCACCCAAAUGCUGCCAGCAGCCGGGACGGACUGGACAAUGAAACAGGAACAGAGUCAGUUAUCAGCCACCGUCGAGACAGGCAUCGGCGGAGAAACAGAGAGGGGCACGAGGAUGUCCCUCGGAUCAAUGGCCAUCCCAAACUGGACAGACAUCGUGAGCACCCUCCUGGUUACGACAGCUCUUCUACCAUGAUGAGUAGCGAGCUGGAAUCCAGCAGCUUCAUCGACUCGGAUGACGAUGACAACACCAGCAGGUUGAGCAGCUCCACUGAGCAGAGCACUUCAUCACGGCUCAUACGGAAGCAUAAGCGCAGGAGGAGGAAACAAAGGAUGCGGCAGAUUGACAGGUCAUCCUCGUUCAGCAGCAUCACUGAUUCUACCAUGUCCCUAAAUAUCAUCACUGUCACCCUCAACAUGGAAAAGUAUAACUUCCUGGGAAUCAGCAUUGUAGGACAAAGCAAUGACCGGGGUGAUGGUGGCAUAUACAUUGGCUCUAUUAUGAAAGGAGGGGCUGUGGCAGCAGAUGGCCGAAUUGAACCAGGAGACAUGCUUCUGCAGGUGAACGACGUCAAUUUUGAGAACAUGAGCAAUGAUGAUGCAGUACGGGUUUUACGGGAAAUAGUCUCCAAGCCAGGACCCAUUAGCCUAACGGUAGCCAAAUGCUGGGACCCCACCCCCAGGAGUUAUUUCACCAUCCCCAGGGCUGAACCCGUGAGGCCAAUUGACCCUGCAGCGUGGAUCUCUCAUACCACAGCCAUGACGGGAGCGUACCCCCGUUACGGUAUGAGCCCCUCCAUGAGCAUCACCACAUCUACCAGCUCCUCACUAACAAGCUCAAUUCCCGAUUCGGAAAAAUUAGAAGAGUCUCCCUUAACUGUGAAGAGCGACAUGGCUACUAUUGUCAAGGUCAUGCAGCUGCCAGACUCAGGCCUUGAAAUCCGGGACAGGAUGUGGUUAAAAAUUACCAUCUCCAAUGCAGUAAUAGGAGCAGAUGUGGUUGACUGGCUUUACACACACGUGGAAGGCUUCAAAGACCGACGGGAGGCUCGGAAGUACGCCAGCAGCAUGCUAAAACACGGCUACCUCAGGCACACUGUGAACAAAAUCACCUUCUCAGAGCAGUGCUAUUAUGUCUUUGGAGACCUCUGUGGCAAUAUGGCUGCACUGAACCUCAACAAUGGUUCUAGCGGAGCCUCCGAUCAAGAUACCCUUGCUCCACUUCCACAUCCUGCUGCUCCCUGGCCAUUAGGCCAAGGAUACCCCUAUCAGUAUCCUCUGCCCCCUCCGUGUUUCCCACCAGCAUACCAAGACCCAGGCUUUAGCUAUGGUAGCGGCAGCGCAGGGAGCCAGCAAAGUGAAGGAAGCAAAAGCAGCGGCUCGAACCGAAGCAACAGCGAGAACAGCAGGAGGGCUCUUGGCAGAGAGAAGGACCGCAAGUCGGCGGGCAGCGGCAGCGAGUCGGACCACACCGCCUGCAGCGGCGGCACCGGCACGGUGCGGCGGGAGAGGCCCGUCAGCCAGCUCAGCCACCGCAGCCACGUCUCUGCCACCCACAGCGAGAGGAGCCACCACAGCCAUCAUUCUUACGGGCCUCCGGGCGUCCCACCCCUCUACAACCUCCCCAAGCUGGGCUCUAAAGUCUACGGGACGAGCGGACCCCCUGGAGGGCCCCCGGUGCGAGAACUGAGCUCUGUUCCUCCGGAGCUGACGGGGAGCCGGCAGUCUUUCCAGAAGGCCAUGGGCAACCCAUGCGAAUUCUUUGUCGACAUCAUGUGAGAGGAAGUGCCUUCAGACUCUGCUUUGGGGAGGGCCGGGGCGGAUCGUUUUGGGGCCGGGUCGGGGAAAAUCUGGUCGUUGUCGAAGACUUAAACGGAAGAAACUUGUCUGUUCUGCAUGUCACGCCUUCCCGGUUUGCAAUUGUGUGUUGCAGAAAAAAAAAAAA